GGAGGGAGGGAAAAAAAGAAAGGAAAGGAGGAGAAAAGCCAAUGCAACCGAGGAGGAGGAGGAGGAGGGGAUAAGGCUUGGAGGAGGCAUCUUGCAAGAAGAGCCCAGGAGUUGCCUUCCAUUUGUUACAAAGUUGCCAAGGGAGGAAAGGGGGGGAAAAAAGAAGAAGGGAAGGAAGCAGAAGAGGGAGUGGAGGAUGGAAGGAGAGGAGGAGCGAGGCCAGAGGAGCCUGGGCUGCCAAAGGAGCCUCCUGGGGCCCAAGGCUUGCAAGCUGGACGCCUGAGAAGGAAGAAGGAAAGAAAGAAAGAAGGAAGGAAGGAAGAGAGGAGAGGAGAGGAGAUGCCUCUUGGCCCGGAGUUGGCAGCCCUAACCAAGAGGGGAUGACCCAUUAGCUCGCCACAGAAGAGACAGGACAUAGAGAGCUGAUCAUGCCGUUGAGGAAUCCCAGAGGAACUGUUCCCAAGCGGCAGAAAGAGCACCCACCGGUGGGCCAGCAACUCUAGCUUCAUGAAUGAAGAAGCCUAGCCAUUUUUGUAUCCUUUCACCGUGGCUGUGGAAUAAGCGAAAAGGUGCCACCUUGCUUGAAUCGGCUGGGAUUGCCCCUCUCCUGCCUCCGUUCUCGCUUCUGCCAGUCCUCCAGGCCUUUAAUUUUAACUUGGGGACAUUAAUGGAAUGAUGGUGCGGAAAAGGCAGAGAGAUCUUGCCGGGCUCAGCAGGGACUCCUUGGGAGGCAGGCAGAGGGGGAGUGGUGGUGGAAGUGGGGUCCCACGAGGCAUGCGCUUGCUCCCCAGGCACUAUGGCUAGCAGUGGCUCUGGCAAGUCCACUAGCGAGGUAUCUACUCCCAGCGGCAGCACAUUGCAGAGGAAGAAGCUGAUUUCCAUCUGUGACCACUGCAAGAUCAAGAUGCAACUGGUGGCCGAUUUGCUCCUCUUGUCCAGCGAGAGCCGGCCAAUCAACACAGAGAGCCUGUCUGUAUUUGGGGAGUCCUUUGAGAAGUGUCGUGACACCAUCAUCGCCCGGACAAAAGGCCUCUCAAUCCUGACCCACGAUGUCCAGAGCCAGCUGAACAUGGGACGUUUCACAGAGGUGGGGGACAUCCUGAUGGAGAUGGGUGACCUGGUGGUCUCCUUGACCGAGUGCUCUGCCCACGCUGCCUACUUGGCAGCUGUGGAGACGCCAGGGGCUCAACCGGCAUUGCCUGGAUUGGUGGAUCGCUACAAGGUGACCAGGUGUAAGCACGAGGUGGAACAUGGGUGCGGUAUCUUGAAGACCACCCCUUUGGUGGACAUGAGCCCGCAGCUCCUGCUGGAGGUUUCUCAGAACAUGUCCAAGAAUUUGAAGUUCCUGACGGACGCCUGCGUCACGGCCAGUGAGAAAUCCAAGGAUAAGUUUGCCAAAGAGCAGUUCAAGCUCAGCGUCAAAUGCAUGAGCACCAGUGCUUCAGCCUUCUUGGCAUGCGUCAAGGAGGUCAAGACUUCACCCAGCGAGCUGACGCGCAACAGAUGCAUCUUGUUCAGUGGGCCCUUGGUCCAGUCCGUCUAUGCUCUGGUGGGCUUUGCCACUGAGCCUCAGUUUUUGGGCAAAGCAGCCACCAUCAACCCAGAGGGUAAAGCUGUGCAGACAGCCAUUUUGGGAGGCGCCAUGAGCGUCGUCUCUGCUUGCGUGCUUCUUACUCAAUGCCUCAGGGAUCUAGCCCAACACACCGAAAGUAGCUCCAAGGUGACUGAAUGCAGGGAAAGGUUGAGGAACUCGGCUUGCGCUGUCUCUGAUGGCUGCAACCUGUUAUCUCAGGCACUAAGAGAAAGAUCAUCGCCUCGGACUUUACCGCCGACAAACUCCAAUUCUGUGAAUUAAUCUUAUUUUUCCUUUCUUUCCCAUUUAGAAAGCAUGGCCACUGCUUAACAGAAACAUAACUAGGUCCUCUCCCCAGCCCUGUGUUUUGUGUAUACCAAAGAAUUUGUGUAGAUGAGCCCAGUCAUUGGAUUGCAAGGAUUUUUUUUUAUUAUUAUCAUCAUCAUCAUUAUUGUUAUUGUUUUGGCAUGUUGAGGUAGCAAAGCUCCACUUUUUCAUCUUUGCAGAAAUAAUUAAUGAUGAAUUUUUAGGUUGAGAGGGCAGAGGGAUAUUGACCAAAUUCAAAGCCUUGCCUGGGAGCCAGAGGUAAAUGGGAACCCCAUAGGUUUUGGAGUUUCAUGUAGCCAAGACAGAAGGCUGGAGGAAGAGAUUGGGGGUGAAAGCCACUUUUUGGACUACAUAACACAGAAUUUCUAGCAAUUGGCCAUGCUGUCUGAGGGAUAUUUUUGGCCUGAAUUAGUCCCAGCUAAGGUAGCUCCAUUGAAUCAAUUGUUAAAUAACAAGUCAACACAUAAAUUGGGUGGACAACUGUGGAAGAGUCUAGGGCAGUGAUUCCCAAACUAUGGUCCUCCAGGUGUUUUGGACUACAACUCCCAGAAGCCCCAGCCAGCUUGGCCACCAGUCUGGAAUUCUGAGAGUUGAAGUCCAAAACAACUAGAGGACCAAAAUUUGGGAACCACUGGGUUAGGGGGUUGUAUUAGCUUACAGGAGAUCUUUGAAGUCUCACCUCCAAAUGCUCUCUGGUAGACAUUGGGGCAUUCUCACUAUGUUUUGGAGUCUUCUUGGGCCCUUACAGAGUAUUUUGGGCAUUGGAAGGGGAAAAAAACCUUUUUUUGGGGGGGAAAUUUUGCAAAACCUUGUAUUAACUUCCAAGGGUUCAGGAGAGCACCAGACGUGUUGGGAAUGCCUUCCACAAACCUUAGAGGUCAUUUUGGGUCAUUUAUGUCUCCUUCCAUUUUUGGACCCCUGGGGAACUGCAUGCAUCCCAUGUGCCAAACUUUGCCCACCUCUGACAUAGAUCAACCCCACUGGUAGCAUUUGUGUACUCUAAUAGGGACUUAAUAGGAUUUUGGUCUCAGAAUUUUAGUUCAAAAAGCAACUGUUCUAAGUUCUGGUCCUCUGGGUGUAGAACCUGAUGGGCUUCUGAUGAAGACAAGUAGAAAUGUCUAUCCCUCUGCUGCCAGACCCCAUCAAAGUCGUACAAUUUUUUUUAAAGCUAGUCACUUUGGGAAAUGCAGCGUAAAUACCCUAAAAGGCACCAGAUCCUAAGCAGGAUGAAUCCUGAUCAGUGCUUGGAUGGGGGACCACCAAUGAAUAUCAGGUGCUGUAGGCUACAUUUCGAGGAAAGAACUGGCAAACCCACCUCUGGGUAUUCCUUGCCUAAGAAAACGCCAUGAAAGUCAUGGGCUCGCCAUAAGUCGACAGGCAGUGUGUAGGCACAUGCACACAAUAUUUUGGGAAGCUGAUUUGCAAAGCGACUAAAUAACUAUAUGUCAGGGCUUACAAACAAGCAAUUUAGUUAAGGCCUACAAACAAGUGAAACAACAGAUUAAUUUUAAUUUUUUUUCCCUUUUAGAUGGGGAUGAAAAUGAGAGUCUUUUGGAGGAAAAAGAGCCUUAAUUGCACUGGGUGCGGUUUUAACACUUUUUUUUUGAGGGUGGGAUAUUUUGGGCGAUUUUUAUUUCUUUUAGUCUUCCAGAACUUCCCUUCUAAAUUUUACUAUUCACUUGUGCAGGAAGAAAAAAAAAGUUACCUCAGUUUUCCUACGGUCUGAAAGAAGCAAAAAUUUUAAUGAUGGAUGUAGCUUCCUUUUUUUGUUGUUGUUUGUUGUUUUGUGUGAUUACUUUUGAAUCAAGUGUUAGCUUAGCAGUGCUGCGUGGCGUGGAAAAGGAGUGAAGGUUGGAUUGGAUUUCCAAACUGCGGGGAAAAGCUACUGUGAGUGUGUUUCAAAAAAUGGGGUGGGUGAUAUUACACUAUAACAGGAAAGUGAUUUGGGUUUUUUAUUAUUAUUAUUAUUUGUUUGGGUGUCAGAUUGUUUUUAAUCUUGCAUGUACUGGAGUAUUUAUUUCAUCUAUUAAAAUAUUGUUUCUCAGA